UCCGACCUCUCCGUCUCUCCACAGUGUGAGUCAGUGUCGUAGUGUCGUCGCUCGUCCACAGCGCCCCCUGCAGCCAUGUGUGAUGAUGAGGAGAGCACCGCUCUGGUCUGUGAUAAUGGAUCCGGUCUGUGUAAGGCUGGGUUCGCCGGGGACGACGCCCCCAGAGCCGUCUUCCCCUCCAUUGUGGGCCGGCCCAGGCACCAGGGAGUGAUGGUGGGUAUGGGGCAGAAGGACAGCUACGUUGGUGACGAGGCUCAGAGUAAGAGAGGAAUCCUCACCCUGAAAUACCCCAUCGAACACGGCAUCAUCACCAACUGGGACGACAUGGAGAAGAUCUGGCAUCACUCCUUCUACAAUGAGCUGCGAGUGGCUCCAGAGGAACAUCCCACCCUGCUGACCGAAGCCCCCCUCAACCCCAAGGCCAACAGGGAGAAGAUGACACAGAUCAUGUUUGAGACCUUUAAUGUUCCUGCCAUGUACGUGGCCAUCCAGGCCGUCCUGUCACUGUACGCCUCUGGACGAACCACAGGUAUCGUCCUGGACUCCGGCGACGGCGUCACCCACAACGUGCCGAUCUACGAGGGUUACGCUCUGCCUCACGCCAUCAUGAGGUUGGACCUGGCGGGACGUGACCUCACUGACUACCUCAUGAAGAUCCUAACUGAGCGAGGCUACAGCUUCGUCACCACCGCGGAGAGAGAGAUCGUUCGGGAUAUUAAGGAGAAGUUGUGUUACGUGGCUCUGGACUUUGAGAACGAGAUGGGGACGGCAGCCACCUCGUCCUCUCUGGAGAAGAGCUACGAGCUUCCUGACGGUCAGGUCAUCACCAUCGGCAACGAGAGGUUCCGCUGCCCUGAGACUCUCUUCCAGCCUUCCUUCAUUGGAAUGGAGUCGGCUGGUAUCCACGAGACGACCUACAACAGCAUCAUGAAAUGUGACAUUGACAUCCGUAAAGACCUGUACGCCAACAAUGUGCUGUCCGGAGGAACCACCAUGUACCCGGGUAUCGCUGACCGCAUGCAGAAGGAGAUCACGGCCUUGGCCCCCAGCACCAUGAAGAUCAAGAUCAUCGCCCCCCCAGAGAGGAAGUACUCUGUGUGGAUCGGCGGUUCCAUCCUGGCCUCCCUCUCUACCUUCCAGCAGAUGUGGAUCAGCAAGCAGGAGUACGACGAAGCCGGACCGUCCAUCGUCCACCGCAAGUGCUUCUAAAAGAUCCAUCAGGGUCUUCACGGUCCUUCAGCCCCCCCUUCGGUUUUUAGUUUCAGCUGCAGCACCGUCUUUAUUUUAACCCUCACUGAGCACGAGCUAACAGGUCCCAGGUCAGCUCCCCAAAAACAGCCUCACAGGAUGACAGCAGGAAGGCCGACGUGUGUGUGGUAUUUAGGAAGAUGCUAAAAAUCACUUCCUGGUAAAAUGUUUGUCACGACAGCAGGAAAAAGGAAGUGAUGUCGUCUUUUGUAAAUCCGGAUGUUUUUGGUGAACUGAGCCUUUAAACCAUCAGAAAAUCCUCAGAUUUUCAACUCAAACAUCCUCCCUCUCUGUUCACCUCCAAACUGUGAAUGUGCCGCUUGUCUUCCCUCUUUAACCCACCUCCACCUCCCUUUGCUCCACCUGCCCCCCGCCCCCUGUCCUCCGUCCUCCAUGUUGGUACUGUUUCUUGUCAAAGGGUGUGUUUUUAUUUUUGAUGAAUAAAGCUUGAAUGUUGCCCGCUGGUGUUCUCUUCCGUCGUUGGGGAGCUGAACACACCCACACAGUGUUAUAAUGAUGUCGCCAGGUGUAUGAUGAUGUCACACAGCGUAUGAUAUAGUUGUUGAACUCCGGGUAGGUUAGCAGGAGGCGUGGCCUCAAGGUGCUGUCUGCAUUACAAACGUGUAGAGAAGUGACAGGUGGAAAAAUGUGUGAUGUGACGUCAGCGACACGGAAGCGACAGACGACUGCCCCAGGAAGACAAUAAAGAGCUCUCAUACAGGA